GCACAGCUUCAUCUCACACACCCAUCACACACAAAUGGGCAAGAAGAAGACAAAGCAAAAGAAGCAGGCAGCAGCGGCGGCAGCAGCGACGCCGUCGUCGGUUGCCGCAACGCCAGCAGCGACACCGUCGCCAGCGCCGAGCGAGCCGCCAAGCCGGAGCGAUACACGUCCUGCGACGCCGGUGCGAGCAACAGCAGUGGAUGACGAGGCAGAGGUGCCCGCCACAGCUGCAGUUGCUGCCAACGACGGCCCGAGCAUCGACGAUGCGGCCGAGCCACAAGCAGCAGCUGCAGCACCAGAGCCAGAGCCGGAACCAGCAGCAGCCCCUACAACCCCGCCGCCCCAGCCACACCAGCCACUCGCACACGCCGCUUCCCCGCCCCCGGCCGCCUCGGCAGAGCAUGUGGCUGGCGAUCUGGGCGCCCUGGCCAUUGACGAUGCUGCUGCUGCACCCCCUGCGCCAGCGCCAGAUUUCCACGCGCCUGCUCCUGCACCCGUCGACAACGAGUUGGAGCAGGAGCCUGUUGUCGAGACGCCGACGACGCACGACGACAUCACACCUCCACCCAACGACGACGACGGUGACAUUGGCGUCAGUCACCCGCACGACGAGGCCGGUGCAGAGGUUCCAGAGCCCCCUGCACCUGUUGCACAAGAGCAGCCGCCAGAAGCCGACGACAACGACGACGGCGAGUUUGGAGACAUCAGCUUGUCUACCGAAGAUUCGAACGGAGACAUGUCUCGCACGCUGUUUGCCAACGGCAAGGCGGCACACACCAUCGCGGCCGACCGCUUGGAUGAGUCGCUCACAUCACGCCGCACACCGCUCCUCCCUCCGCUUGAGCUCGCUCAGCGGGAUAAUAAUGCCGACCCUACCUCGCCCACCUCGCCCAUCGUGUCCUCGCGCCGUUCGCUCACCCAGUCGCCAGUCAAGUCGACGGGGUCGCGCCCGCUCUCGCUCGCGUUCAGCCCACCAGCAGGAACGCGAGACCCCGCAUCACCCCGCAGCUACCAGUCACCUGCUGCCCGUGUGCUCGACACACUGCCCGCAUUGACUGUCCCCGACAGCCCUCCACCACCAGAGUUUGCCUCGCCCAACGAGGCGCCCUUCGAGUCCAUCUCGCUCGACGCCGAGUCCGAGGCGGCCCCGCCCCCACAACCGCUGCAGACUGUCCCCGCCGAUCCGGCAGCCAAACCCUCCCGCCACGUCAAGCACGAGUCGUGGGGCGGCUACGGCAUCGACAGCCACGGCAAGCCAGAGGCACACGGGGUCCUGCCAGUGCACCCCGACCCACCUGCAUCAUCCGAGGGAACGAGCACGGCCGGAGCGAGCACGGCCGCCACGCCAGAGACCAGGGCGUCGCUGUCAAUAUCUGGCUCUGGCACAUCGACGCCACGUCGACACGCACCACCAGCACACCCUCACCCAUUCCCUCUUCCUACGUCGCCGACAAAACCAAACGUCCCCGUCCCGCAGGUCACGUCACUUCCGUCUGGACAUUCUGGAGCUGGAACGCCAGUCGUCGCCAUGCCGCCAACAGGGCAUGGCCUAGGCGCCAAGGGCGCGAGCACGCUCGACAAGUUCAUCUCGCGGACACGCCCCCAGCACCUGCCGCCAAAGGACAAGACGGAGGAUGAGAUCCACUUGCAUGAGUGGGAGUCGAUGAUGGCCAAGUCGCGCGAGCACGAGACUGAGCGCCGGAAGCGCGAGGCGGCAGUUCGCCUCGAGAAGGAGCGCCGCUUGCAGGCGGUUACCCCGCGUUGGGAGGCCUUGUUAGCCAACGAAUUUAGUGUGCAGAAGGUGCGGACGAACCCCAUCUUCCGCAAACUGUGGUUUGAGGGCUGCCCCGAGCAUCUCAGAGGCAAGGCAUGGUCCCUGGCAAUAGGCAACGGCUUGUCGCUGCACAAAGACGCGUACAAGACGUACUCUGCACGGGCAGCACGCGCAAUUGAGCAGGGCCGGUUCCCUCAGGACAUUCUGGAUCAGAUCGACAAGGACCUCGACGAUACAUUGCCGACAUUGCACAUCUUCCAGCAGGGCAGCCCUAUCCGCGACGACCUCAGAGAGCUGCUGUGUACAUGGGUGGUAUACCGCUCCGACAGCGGGCUGGGGUACGCGCCAUAUGUCAAUCUCCUCGCCGCCAUGUUCAUCAUUGUGUCGCCCCCGCCAGUGGCGUUCAUCUCGCUGGUCAACUUCCUCGCCCGGCCAUGCCUCAACUCGUUCUCGGCCAACGAUACCGAGGAGAUUGACGCCUUCUACCGCGUCUUUGAGAACCUCCAGGCGGACCAGUUCCCCAAGAUCUACGCCAACUGCAAGAACCUUGGCUUGAGACUACCCGAGUCCUACUUCCGCUCCGUGCUCGUCGAGCAGGUGCCAUUUGCGGCUGCGUGCCGCUUGUGGGACCAGAUUGUGCUCGAUGGAGACGGAUACAUUUUCCGCGCCGCUCUGGCCAUCUUUGGCUUCCUGGAACCACGACUCUACUACCCCGACCGCGAGGAGAUUCUCUCGGUGCUUGAGGGCCGCAACGCCGCGACCAAGGCCAUCACAGACCGUGAAAUUGAGCGCGCACGCUUGCGAGGCGAGGAGUACGAGGACUCGCUCGACGGCAAGCUGAGCGCGUUUGGUCUCACCGAGGGUGCACUGUUCGACUGGCUCGAGCACGAUGGGUGGCGAGACAGCCGAUUUGAGCGGCUCGUCAUCCGCGAGCUGCCUGACUAGCCGUAGACCGUAGAGCGUACGUAGCGCCCCCACACAGAGUAGAGCAUUCUCCCCACACACACACAUACACACCGUAGCGAGAUACAAUGCAUAGGAAACCAGAC